UUAUGCAAAUAAAAUCCCGAUCAGAGUCCUUUUUUUAGGUGUUAAGACCUCAGGCUCAAGAAGAUGAUAUGAAAACAUUCAGUACUGCCAGGGACUUCAAUGUACUAGAGGUGUAUGUGCAUCCAAAGUUUGAGGAGAUAAAAGAUGUAAUAACCUAUGACUUUGCUUUGUUAAGAUUGGACUACCCUAUUGCUGAUAAUGCAUAUGGUAUCGGAUUUGCUUCAAAAUAUAGCCCAGAAGAAAUAAUGCCAAUAUGUCUUCCUUCCAACAAAAACUUUCAAGAUAUUGAAAAGAGUGUAACCGUAGUUGGUUCAGGGUUAGAAAGAGCUAAUUGUAUUACAACAUCACAAGGUAAUUCACAACAACAACAACAUUAUGUUUAACAUCUUGACACCAUU